CCGGCUGCUUCUGUCUUGGCGAGGUUUUAAUGCAUAUCCCAUUAUCCUAGCCUAGUCUCGCCCUUCUUUCCCUCCUCUGUUUUGAAAAUUGCAAGGGAGAUCUCAAUUCCCCUUCAUUCUCUCUGUUUUGAAAAUUGCAAGAGAGAUCUCAAUUCCAGCGCCAUUUCUAAGUAUUCAGUUUUUGUAGCAGGUGGAAAAUUAAGAUAGUUGUUCAUUUGUGAAAUCAUGAAGCACAAAGAUGGAAAACCUGUGUCUCAUCCUGAUAAAAAUUCCAGGGCUGUUCCCAUGGCAAUAAUGUUUUUUGUAAUGUGCGGGUUUUCAUUCUAUCUUGGUGGAAUCUUCUGUUCUGAGAAAGAUAAAAUUGAGGCCAAGGACGUUGCAAAGGUGGUCUCCUCUCCCAAGGAAUCGUCCAUCGCUCCUCUUCAAAUUAAAUCCACUGCAUUUCCUGAAUGUAGCAGUGACUAUCAAGACUACACUCCAUGCACAGAUCCAAAGAGGUGGAAGAAAUAUGGUAAUCAUCGGCUUACUUUCAUGGAACGCCACUGCCCUCCAGUUUUUGAAAGGAAGGAAUGUUUAAUUCCACCACCAGAUGGGUAUAAACCACCAAUCAAAUGGCCAAAGAGUAGGGAUCAAUGUUGGUACAGAAAUGUACCGUAUGAUUGGAUUAACAAGCAGAAAUCUAAUCAGAACUGGCUGAGAAAAGAGGGGGAUAAGUUCCUCUUUCCUGGUGGGGGUACCAUGUUUCCAAGAGGAGUGGGAGCCUAUGUCGAUUUGAUGCAAGAUCUUAUCCCUGAAAUGAAAGAUGGAACCAUUCGCACUGCCAUUGAUACUGGGUGUGGGGUUGCUAGCUGGGGCGGUGAUCUAUUGGAUCGUGGGAUUCUAACCGUUUCCCUUGCUCCGAGAGAUAACCAUGAGGCUCAAGUCCAGUUUGCAUUAGAACGUGGAAUUCCUGCAAUUCUUGGCAUCAUUUCCACACAACGGCUUCCAUUCCCAUCGAAUGCAUUUGAUAUGGCUCAUUGCUCCAGAUGUCUUAUCCCAUGGACAGAAUUCGGUGGAAUUUAUCUUUUGGAAGUUCACCGUAUACUCCGUCCUGGUGGCUUCUGGGUUCUUUCUGGUCCUCCUGUUAACUACGAAAACCGUUGGCGAGGCUGGAAUACUACUGUUGAAGAGCAGAAAUCAGAUUAUGAAAAGUUGCAAGAACUGCUGACAUCAAUGUGCUUCAAAUUGUACGACAAAAAGGAUGAUAUUGCUGUGUGGCAGAAAGCUUCUGAUAAUAGUUGCUAUAGUAAGCUUGCUAAUACUGAUGCCUACCCACCCAAGUGUGAUGACAGUCUUGAGCCAGAUUCAGCAUGGUACACUCCAAUCCGCCCUUGUGUUGUUGUUCCAAGCCCAAAAAUCAAGAAAUCAGUUAUGGAGUCCAUCCCCAAAUGGCCAGAGAGGUUGCAUGCUACACCUGAACGCAUUUCAGAUAUUCCUGGUGGAAGCGCUAGUGCUUUUAAGCAUGAUGACAGCAAGUGGAAGAUUCGUGCAAAGCACUACAAGAAGUUGCUGCCAGCACUUGGGUCUGAUAAGAUGAGAAAUAUAAUGGACAUGAAUACGGUUUAUGGGGGUUUUGCUGCGGCUGUGAUUGAUGAUCCCCUGUGGGUCAUGAAUGUGGUCUCUUCCUAUGCUGCCAACACUCUUCCUGUGGUUUUUGACCGUGGCCUCAUCGGGACUUUUCAUGAUUGGUGCGAAGCUUUCUCAACUUACCCUCGAACUUAUGAUCUCCUUCAUCUUGAUGGCCUCUUCACUGCAGAAAGCCAUAGAUGUGAAAUGAAGCAUGUGCUUUUGGAGAUGGAUCGAAUCCUACGACCCACCGGUUAUGCAAUGAUACGAGAAUCCAGCUAUUUCGUCGAUGCCAUUUCAACCAUUGCCAAGGGUAUGAGGUGGAGCUGCCGUAAAGAAGACACCGAAUAUGGAGUUGAGAAGGAGAAAAUAUUGGUCUGCCAGAAGAAACUCUGGUACUCCUCAAACCAAAGUUCACGGUGACAAACAAAGAGAUCCAAAACAUGCCGAUGCAUCUCUUGGAGAGAGAGCUCAUGUAACUGCAAUACAGAAUUCCAGGGGAUGAUGAGUUGAGGAGAUAAGUAAUAAAUUGAAUCCCUUACACACAUAUUAGUAUAUUCAAUAGAAGCCAAGGAUCUUCAAGGUCGACACUGCAAUUGAAGAAUUUGCUACUCAAUAACAGAAUUUUGUUAAUUUAUAGAAUCAUUUAAGUACAAAUAGAUUCUUUGUAAGGCAUCUAUACUAUACUUUCCUUGCGCUGUACUUUGUUUUCUGUUUUUUGGCCCUGCCCUUUACUCUUUCCCAUUUUCAAUAUGUAAAACCUCGACGAUCAGUGUAUGUGAAAAAUCGUGAUGGACUGGAUAAGCAAUGCCAUCACGCAUUGUUGUUUUUAUAUAUGAUGUGAUGAAACUUGGUUCUUCGAUUA